AUGUCUGAAAAAUCCUCUGACUCUAUACGCGGAACAACCUUGACACUGUACAAUAGGUUUGCUGAACUUAUGCUUGUUGUAGGACUGGAUGAAAAUACAGGUCUUGUUCCAGCUCGUAAAGAUAUUGUGAGUGUCUUAGUUUGAAGAUUAAUUCAGAUAUAAGUUAAUUCUGUUAAAGCAUAAAGUAAUAUUAUACACACCAUUAAUCAAUGGGUUAUGUGUAGUUUGUAUUCUGAUUUUUGAAGGUUGCCUCGGUAGCUCUCUAAAUUUCUAAAUGUUUUAAUCAGGUUUUCCAAAUUUUACUGGAGGCACUAAAAACUUAAUAACUUUAAAACCAACUUUAAAAAAAUUAAGUUAAAUUUGUGACAGAUAAUGUACUUUCCAAUAACAUAAUUUAAAGAUUUUUUAGAGGAAUAGGGGGAGCCACGGAUCUUAAUCAAUUAGAAAAAAUACAUUUCUUAGUAAAAUUGAUUGGCAUUUCCUUGCACGUGUUAUCAACUUUUGUCAGUAAAAUUAAAUGCACAUAUUCUUGAAUGUGUUAAUACAUUUAUUGUCAGUUAAGUGUAAAUUGCAUAUGCUUGAUUGUAUUUGAAAAUAUGUCAGACGGAUGCUGACCCAGAUGACCUACUGAACAAUAUUUUUGAUGAUGAGUAUGAGGCUCAGGUACUUGCUGCAAUCUCAGCAUCAAAAGCGCUGGUCUUCCAACCUGAUCUCAUGGAAGAUCCCACUUACCCUCCAUCACCAGAGUCCAUUGUAACAACUAAUAGUUUCAAGACUCUAAGGUUAGCAUAGUUUGAAGACUCUAAGGUUAGCAACUGUGUUAUAAGAUUUCAUACUUAGGUCCUUCUGCCAACAUCUUCAGAGUCUCUUGUGAAAACCAAUAGACUCUCAGGGGAGCAAAUGUUUUACAACACAUCUGAAGAGGGAAUUGUUCGAUUUUUAUCCAAUAUAUUUUGAGUCUUGUGUCACCAUUCUUUUGGUAAAUAAACAAUAUUUUAGUAAAAAAGGACUUAAUAAUUAGGGACGAUGAGGUAAAAAAUUCCACCUUAUGAAACCUGGCUCAGUAUUUCACAUCAUGAUACCUGGCCGCAUAUGGUGAUAAAGUGCCCAAGAAUUGUGUUGACUGGCCAUGCUAAAAUUUUAUGGAUUUUUCAAUAAUAUUAAAAAAAAAAAAUCUGAUAUCAAUCACAGGUCCCAGUCUGAGGAAUUUUGUCUGAUUAAGCACAAAAAUGCCAAGCCUCACCGAGCUGUCUCUGUUAACCCAGCAGUCAUCAAGAAACGACUGGCCAAUGCUGAGUCUUCAAGCUCUAACUCUAAGACAGUGUUGGAUCUGCCUUUAUCUAAAGAUGCCAUUGAAACAAUCACAAUGUUUUGCUUUCCUGGUCAGUAUGUUGUCAAUUUGAAAUUUUUUUUUUAAAGUGCUGACUUUUUGGUGAAAUGUUAGGAUUCAGGGAUAUAGAUAACAUAUUUUUAUACAUUUUGUUAUAAAAUUAUUCUGACAUAUUUCAAAUGGUGGUAAAUUUCAUGUUUUAUUUAGUGUCUACAUCUCAAACUCUAUGUUGAUAAUUCAUUAUUGAUGGGAUCAUAUAUUCCUAUACAAGUAUUUUGUUGGUAAUUGUGAUAUUAUCUCCUCAGACAAUUCAAAUGUACAAAUAAAAUAGACUUUAGCUUCAGACAGUUCACAUAUACAUACAGAUAAGAAUUUAUCCACAGACAAUUCACAUGCAUGUAAAGAUACGACUGUAUGCUUUGAGAUGUUUAUCAAGAUAAGCCUGCCAUUAACACCUCAGAUAAUGCCCAUGUCUUUCAAGAUAAGCCUCUCACUUUGUCUUCAGACAAUGCCCAUGUUUAUCAAGAUAAGCCUGUCACUAUAUCUUCAGGCAAUACCCUUGUUUAUUAAGAUAAGCCUCUCACUAUUUCUUCAGACAAUGCCCAUGUUUAUCAAGAUAAGCUUGUCACUAUGUCUUCAGACAAUGCCCAUGUUUAUUAAGAUAAACCUCUCACUAUUUCUUCAGACAAUGCCCAUGUUUAUCAAGAUAAGCUUGUCACUAUGUCUUCAGACAAUGCCCAUGUUUAUUAAGAUAAGCCUCUCACUAUGUCUUCAGACAAUGCCCAUGUUUAUCAAGAUAAGCCAGACAACAAUAUCCACUUCCUAGUCCUAACUGAUGUCUCUGGUAACAAGACUUAUGCCUCCUGUCUGACAUUCUACAAGCCAUAUAAGCUCACAAAGGUAUGUCUUUAAUACAAUAGCCAAUGUGGUAUCUGAGCAUUUAAUUUUAUAUAAGAAAGAGCAUUACAAUCUCAUAGCAAUAUAACACUUUCACACAAUAACAUUAUAAAACUUUAACAGAGUUUUAAAAAAAAAAACUUGUUGAUUUUUCAUUUCUAUAUAAUAAUUCAAUUUAAUAAAAUAAUUUAUGGUUAUAAAAUAUUGUAGUUGGUCUGAAAAAAUAUAAUUUUGACAUUGAUAUUGUGGGCUGUUGUAAAUAUUUUUGUGCAGUCCAUUUUUUAUAUGACAACUUUGCACCAUCAGUUUUUGACUAUUAUGUUUACUAGGAAUCUAAUGGCACAAUUUCCUACCUUAACCAUGAUAUCAGUUUUUGACAAUGUAUUUUUUAGGAAUCUUAUGGCACAAUUUCCUACCUUAACCAUGAUAUCAGUUUUUGACAAUGUAUUUUUUAGGAAUCUAAUGGCACAAUUUCCUACCUUAACCAUGAUAUCAGUUUUUGACAAUGUAUUUUUUAGGAAUCUUAUGGCACAAUUUCCUACCUUAACCAUGAUAUCAGUUUUUGACAAUGUAUUUUUUAGGAAUCUUAUGGCACAAUUUCCUACCUUAACCAUGAUAUCAGUUUUUGACAAUGUAUUUUUUAGGAAUCUUAUGGCACAAUUUCCUACCUUAACCAUGAUAUCAGUUUUUGACAAUGUAUUUUUUAGGAAUCUAAUGGCACAAUUUCCUACCUUUAGCAUGAUAUCAGUUUUUUACUAUGUAUUUUCUAGGAAACUAAUGGCACAAUUUCCUACAUGCUUCAAGAUCGUAGAGCUAAAACCACAACUGAUGCUGACAUUAUUUAUUGCUACAUCCCUCAAUGUUGUGUGCUGGUCUCAAAGUUUCCAUAUUUCUAUGCCAUGAAGGAAUGUUUAUCUUGGUGAGUCCCCUCUCCCAGAAAUAAUAUAAAUGUUGAGUGAAGGAGUGUUUGGUGAUUUUAAAAAUAUUUUGGUUUGUUUAUGUGUGUGAGUAUUUUAGAGAUCUGCUGCUUGAUCAUUUAUUGUGUGUGAAUAUUUUAGAGAUGUACUGUUUGAUCACUUUUUUACUGUGUGUGAAUAUUUUAGAGAUGUGCUGUUUGAUCACUUUUUUACUCUGUGUGAAUAUUUUAGAAAUGUGCUGUUUGAUCACUUACUGUGUGUGAAUAUUUUAGAAAUGUGCUGUUUGAUCACUUACUAUGUGUGAAUAUUUUAGAAAUGUGCUGUUUGAUCACUUACUGUGUGUGAAUAUUUUAGAAAUAUGCUGUUUGAUCACUUACUGUGUGUGAAUAUUUUAGAAAUGUGCUGUUUGAUCACUUACUGUGUGUGAAUAUUUUAGAAAUGUGCUGUUUGAUCACUUACUGUGUGUGAAUAUUUUAGAAAUGUGCUGUUUGAUCACUUACUGUGUGUGAAUAUUUUAGAAAUGUGCUGUUUGAUCACUUAGUGUGUGUGAAUAUUUUAGAGAUGUGCUGUUUGAUCACUUACUGUGUGUGAAUAUUUUAGAAAUGUGCUGUUUGAUCACUUAGUGUGUGUGAAUAUUUUAGAAAUGUGCUGUUUGAUCACUUACUGUGUGUGAAUAUUUUAGAAAUGUGCUGUUUGAUCACUUACUGUGUGUGAAUAUUUUAGAAAUGUGCUGUUUGAUCACUUACUGUGUGUGAAUAUUUUAGAAAUGUGCUGUUUGAUCACUUACCGUGUGUGAAUAUUUUAGAAAUGUGUGAUGUUCUCAACAAAACAACAGCACUCAUCAAGAAAAUAGCCAAACAAGAACAACAUUUUCUAGUUUCCAGACUGAAGAACUAGAGACUCUGUGUAUCUGCCAGUGUAAAAUCAGUCAUAUGACUAUUUGUGUCACAGGGUGUAGUCACUAUUUGUGACUCUGUCACAGUAUGUCUUGUGACUAUAUGUGUAUCUGUCAUGGUUUGUCAUGUGACUUUGUUUCUAUCUGUCAAGGGUAUGUCAUAUGACUAUUUGUGUAUUUGCCACAGUAUGAUCAGUCAUGUGGAGAGAGACUUGGAGGAGAUGUUUCAGUUUCUCAAGGACUUCACCUACACCAUGACAAUGUCUCCUGUUCCACCUGCUGGUAAUGUCAUAGUGGUAAGUUGGUACCUCCUGUAUCACCUGCUGGUAAUGUCAUAGUGGUAAGUUGGUAAUUCCUGUACCACCUGCUGGUAAUGUCAUAGUCGUAAGUUAAUACCUCCUGUAUCACCUGCUGGUAAUGUCAUAGUCGUAAGUUGGUAGCUCCUGUAUCACCUGCUGGUAAUGUCGUAGUCGUAAGUUGGUAGCUCCUGUACCACCUGCUGUUAACAUCAUAGCGGUAUGUGGGCAGAAUUUCUUUUUGUGUUAUUCAUUCACAUUGCCAUGUUGUUACAUGGAGUCUCAACUUUCUGUGACCACAUGCCGCCACUCAAUGCAACAAAAACAGGGCAGAUGAGUUUCAUGUAUAUUGUUGGCUGGCAAAAUACAAAAAACAUUCCGUCCUAGUUUGAUCAAUGGAAAAGGUCUGUCAUCCAUCAGCUGACGGGUUAGCAUUGCAACCAGUAGAAAAUGGAAUGGUCACAUUUCAAUUAUUUUGAACAUUAGUUAUAUUCCAUAGAGCAGCCAUGUUUUAGUGGUUCAAUGAUUAAAAGGUGUGAAAUAAAUGGAACUGGGCAAAAUAAGAAAUUAUUUUUAGAGGAACAUUGUCUCGUACAUUUAUGUUGAACUACUUGGGAUAUGUACCUUUAUGUUGAACUACUUGGGAUAUGUACCUUUAUGUUGAACUACUUGGGAUAUGUACCUUUAUGUUGAGCAACUUGGGAUAUGUACCUUUAUGUUGAACUACUUGGGAUAUGUACCUUUAUGUUGAACUACUUGGGAUAUGUACCUUUAUGUUGAACUACAUGGGAUAUGUACCUUUAUGUUGAACUACAUGGGAUAUGUACCUUUAUAUUGAAAUACUUGGGAUAUGUACCGUUAUUUUGAACUUCUUGGGAUUUUGAAGGGGGUGGGGUUGGCAUUCAUUGAAAUAAAAUGACAGGUGCUGUUCUGUUGAGUGGAUUGAUAUUAUUAUAUUGAACUGUUUACAAAACCUUACAAUUGUAUUAAGCUGUUCACCUAUUUACAAAUAGGCAUUUAAUCAAAAUAAUGUUAAGAGUACCACUAAUAAUAACACACUAGAACUUCUGUCUUCAUAAGAAUAGGAAGAUUUCUUAAAGUGACAGUUGGCUGCUUUUCAAUAGAUAGCUUGAAACAGAUGCUGUUGUUAUAAAAUCAUGCUUUUCAAUAGACAGCUUGAAACAGAUGCUGUUGUUAUAAAAUCAUGCUUUUCAAUAGAUAGUUUUAAACAGAUGCUGUUGUUAUAAAAUCAUGCUUUUCAAUAGACAACUUGAAACAGAUGCUGUUGUUAUAAAAUCAUGCUUUUCAAUAGACAACUUGAAACAGAUGCUGUUGUUAUAAAAUCAUGCUUUUCAAUAGAUAGCUUGAAACAGAUGCUGUUGUUAUAAAAUCAUGCUUUUCAAUAGAUAGUUUUAAACAGAUGCUGUUGUUGUAAAAUUACACUUCUCUUAACAAACAACCAGAAAAACCAUUAGCAAAUAAAAAGUUUUUAAAUUUGAUUGUAAACAUUCACUUUGAUUCUUUUAAUUUUUAAAAAUUUGUUUAAUGAUACUUAAUUUUGUUUGCUUAAGAUGUUUUCAUUUGUGAUGGAAAAUCAAUUUUUGUUGUCAUCAUUCUUUAUGCUUAAAUAUGGAUGUCAACAAAGUUUCUUUUAUUCUUUCCAUCUUCCAGGAGAUGAGUGUCUACAAUUUGUCAGUGUCAUUAUAUCCAUCCGAAUCCCCAGAGAAACCAGUCAUAGAUCUCCCUCUUCAUUUGACCUUUCUGUGUUUUCCUGUGGAUGAGCUGCUCAAGAUUUUUACAGCCAUCCUGUGUGAGGAGAGACUUGUCUUUGUCAGCUUUAACUAUGCACUGUUGACAACUGUCAUGGAGGUAAGCUACUGACAACUGUCACGGGGGUAAGCCACUUGCAACUUUCUUGGAUUUAAGCUACUUGCCAUACUGUGUAAGGGGAGAAUUUCUUUGUCAGCUUUAACUAAGCACUGUUGACAGCUGUAAUGGUGGUAAGCUACUUACAACUGUCAUGGGGGUAAGCUACUUAAAACUAUUUUUGGAUAUAAGCCACUUGCCAUGCUGUGUAAGGAGAGACUUUUCUUUGUCGGCCUUAACUAUGCACUGUUUACAGCUACCAGUAAAACCUAGCAAUUUUUUCCCAGAGUUUUCUCUACUACAUUCUGCCAUUUGCAUGGAGGUUCACCUAUGUGCCAAUACUGAGCGCUUCAUCCCUGGAGUUGCUGGAGGCACCAGGGACUUUCAUGAUGGGCUGUCAUUCGAAACACCUGGAUGUUGUGGAGCAGGUAAACAAAGCUUGCCCUUUUACCUUUUUUAUUUGGCUAGAUUUCCUGGAAAUAUUGGAACAAACAUUGAUUAGAACUAGAUACUCACCGAAUUUCAGCAUCCCUUUUGGCGCCGAAAGUUGCCAAUUGAUCACUUUUGAUCUAGUUUUGGCUUCGGCCGAAACAGAAAAGUUAACUUUGUUUAAUUUCAGUUGGAGGCUUUUGGCUAUCUUGGUGAAAGUGAUGAUGUUUUCUGUCAUCUACCAGAAGACAGACUGUCUGUCUCUUUUAUGGUUGGCAAUCCAAUAUUCAUUAUUGCUCAAUGUCUUGUUGUCAUCAUAUGUUGUACCAACAUGAGGUCCACAAUAAUGAUGGAACAGAAUAUCCAGGGAUACAUAAACACACAACAAUAAGAAAAUAGUAGAAAUACAGGGAAACAGAGAAACAUUAGUAGGAUAGUAUUUGAUUAAUACCAUAUGGAGAUAGGGUGCCAAACAGCUGAAUAAAUUUAUUUUCCAUUUUAACCCUCUCUGGUGUGUUACUGCAUGAAAUCAGUGCUGUAAUGGUUACAUCCAAUGCACCAUUAUGUUCAUCUCUGUUGAAAUGAGAAGAGACUGGGGAAGGUUUACCUUGUUCAAUAUCCCGGAGAUGUUCAGUACACCUAUCAGCCAAUCUUCUCCCAGUUUCACCUAUGUAACUAGAUUGGCAUCUACGGCUAGGGAAAAAUGCUAGGGAAUGGUAAUAUUUCCAUUAUCAUUUUUAAUUAAAUAAAAAUUAGGAAAACAUUAGAAUUUUUCAAUUCAAUCAUUUCUUGAAAUUCAUCAAUAUCAUGCUCAUCAACAUUGUUAUUGACAAAAUAGCAUGCAUGUGCAUGAAUAUCGGGUUCGAAUAAUAAUUAUGUAGUAGGCCUACUGCAGACCUGUUUACUUUUAUGAUUUUGAUGACCAAAUUAGAAUUUUGAGAUCUCCUUUUUCAAUUCUCCAUCGAGACCCGUCAGUACAACAAUUUUAAGAGACCAGUUUGAAAAAAAUUUUUUGCCCACCAGUGGGGGUUAGGGAGGAUGGUCACUGAACAAAAUAAUGACAUCACCAGCACGGAAUGACAAGUGUGUUGGUAUUAGGCUAAAUAUUAUUCACAGUGAUAUCUUGCCAGCUAUGUAUGAAGACAUAAAGCAUUAGUAUGAUGAUAACAGCGAAAAAUUGGGGUGAAAUUUCUAUAGCCUUAAUAACUGAUAUUUAGUUGACAAUUGGCACUAUUAGAGCCAAAAUACUGAUGGUAAAUGUUUGUCUAGGUAGCUUUGCAAUUAUAUUAUAAAAUCAAAGGGCACUCAAGGUUCUAUUUUGCAUGAAUUUUGUCCCCUUCCCCCAGUCCAAAUACUCUCUUACCAAUGCUACUUUAAAAAAAAAAUUUUUUUUAAAAGAAAUUUGAAUCAUUUUUUAAUUAAAAUGGUAAAAGCCAAAGUAUUCAUUAAAUGUUUAUUUAUUAAGGUUCCUGAAGAUUUAUCUUUUGUAUAAAAAGAAUGUAAAUAUUGAUACUUUUCCCUAUCAUUUUUAGAUGCAUGCAGAAUGAAUGCCUGAGAGAAUUUAAAAAUAUCUAAAUCUUUCGGUUUGGGCUUUGAUUUCAGCCAAUUGUCUCGUUAAGCUUUCGCGUUUGGGCUUUGAUUUCAGCCAAUUGUCUCGUUAAGCUUUCGCGUUUGGCUUUAAUUUCAGCCAAAAGUAAUUUUAAAAUUUCUGCCUUGUUUUGGUUUCGACCGAAAUCAGAAAAUCACUUUCGGUCUGUCUCUAAUAAGAAAAAACAUGGAUUGGAACAAACAUUGGUUAGACCAAGACUAUAUAAAGAGACAUCUAGUUCCAAAUAAAAUAUGCAUAUUUACCCCUUUCUCUGGCUCACUGUAAUCUCAUAGAGUUGUUAAUCCAUAUCUCACUGUAAUCUCACAGACCUGUUAACCCAUAUCUCACUGUAAUCUCACAGACCUGUUAGCCCAUAUCUAAAAGCCCUUUGUAAUGAAAUCCCAGUGGCAUGACAUCCACUUAUACCUGUUAUCCUUACAUCUCAAUAGUCAGGUAAUCCUAUAAAUCAGUAGUCUAGUAUCAAUCCAUAUUUUAUAGCCCUGUGUUAUGAAAAAAAACCAGCUGAAGCCUAACAUCCACUUAUAAAUACAUCCUAACAUCCACUUAUAACUACAUCCUAACAUCCACUUAUAAAUACAUCCUAACAUCCAAUUAUAAAUACAUCCUAACAUCCACUUAUAACUACAUCCUAACAUCCACUUAUAAAUACAUCCUAACAUCCAAUUAUAAAUACAUCCUAACAUCCAAUUAUAAAUACAUCCUAACAUCCAAUUAUAAAUACAUCCUAACAUCCAAUUAUAAAUACAUCCUAACAUCCACUAUAAAUACAUCCUAACAUCCACUUAUAAAUACAUCCUAACAUCCAAUUAUAAAUACAUCCUAACAUCCAAAUAUAAAUACAUCCUAACAUCCACUUAUAACUACAUCCUAACAUCCACUUAUAAAUACAUCCUAACAUCCAAUUAUAAAUACAUCCUAACAUCCACUUAUAAAUACAUCCUAACAUCCAAUUAUAAAUACAUCCUAACAUCCAAUUAUAAAUACAUCCUAACAUCCAAUUAUAAAUACAUCCUAACAUCCACUUAUAACUACAUCCUAACAUCCACUUAUAACUACAUCCUAACAUCCACUUAUAAAUAACUCCUAACAUCCACUUAUAACUACAUCCUAACAUCCAUUUAUAAAUACAUCCUAACAUCCACUUAUAAAUACAUCCUAACAUCCACUUAUAACUACAUCCUAACAUCCACUUAUAAAUACAUCCUAACAUCCACUUAUAAAUAAAUCCUAACAUCCACUUAUAAAUACAUCCUAACAUCCACUUAUAACUACAUCCUAACAUCCACUUAUAAAUACAUCCUAACAUCCAAUUAUAAAUACAUCCUAACAUCCAAUUAUAAAUACAUCCUAACAUCCACUUAUAACUACAUCCUAACAUCCACUUAUAAAUACAUCCUAACAUCCACUUAUAAAUACAUCCUAACAUCCAAUUAUAAAUACAUCCUAACAUCCAAUUAUAAAUACAUCCUAACAUCAAAUUAUAAAUACAUCCUAACAUCCAAUUAUAAAUACAUCCUAACAUCCAAUUAUAAAUACAUCCUAACAUCCACUUAUAACUACAUCCUAACAUCCACUUAUAAAUACAUCCUAACAUCCAAUUAUAAAUACAUCCUAACAUCCACUUAUAACUACAUCCUAACAUCCACUUAUAAAUACAUCCUAACAUCUACAUCCUAACAUCCACUUAUAAAUACAUCCUAACAUCCAAUUAUAAAUACAUCCUAACAUCCACUUAUAACUACAUCCUAACAUCCACUUAUAAAUACAUCCUAACAUCUACUUAUAACUACAUCCUAACAUCCACUUAUAACAACAUCCUAACAUCCACUUAUAACUACAUCCUAACAUCCACUUAUAAAUACAUCCUAACAUCUACUUAUAACUACAUCCUAACAUCCACUUAUAACUACAUCCUAACAUCCACUUAUAAAUACAUCCUAACAUCCACUUAUAACUACGUCCUAACAUCCACUUAUAAAUACGUCCUAACAUCCACUUAUAACUAUGUCCUAACAUCCACUUAUAAAUACAUCCUAACAUCCUCUUAUAAAUACAUCCUAACAUCCACUUAUAACUACAUCCUAACAUCCACUUAUAAAUACAUCCUAACAUCCAAUUAUAAAUACAUCCUAACAUCCAAUUAUAAAUACAUCCUAACAUCAAAUUAUAAAUACAUCCUAACAUCCAAUUAUAAAUACAUCCUAACAUCCAAUUAUAAAUACAUCCUAACAUCCACUUAUAACUACAUCCUAACAUCCACUUAUAAAUACAUCCUAACAUCCAAUUAUAAAUACAUCCUAACAUCCACUUAUAACUACAUCCUAACAUCCACUUAUAAAUACAUCCUAACAUCCACUUAUAAAUACAUCCUAACAUCCACUUAUAACUACAUCCUAACAUCCACUUAUAAAUACAUCCUAACAUCCAAUUAUAACUGCAGCCUUACAUCUACUAAUGCCUGUAUCCAUGCAUCCACUUAUGCCUGUAUCCACUUGUUUCAGGUUGAUGGCUUGGUUGUUGUUAACAUUGAUGAAGGCACUGUCACAGUUAAUACCUCUAGCGAGCCUACCACUCCAUUCUCCACACUCUCCUUCACAUCCACUUUACCUGACUUCCAUGUAUUGACCAGUACUUCAGUCAUUCCAAACUUGCCUGUGGAACCUACCAACCUAUUUAAGAAGAUCUGCAAAAGAUCCAAAUUUCAAAUGGAACUCUCUGAUGUUCAAAGGUAAGAAUUUCAAAUGAAAUAUAUGGAUAUGUGUAGCCCGACAUAUCCAUCUCACAGUAGACCAACAUGUCCAUCUCACAGUAGACCAACAUGUCCAUCUCUCCAUCUCACAGUAGACUAAAGUGGCCAUCUCACAGUAGACCAACAUGUCCAUCUCACAGUAGACUAACAUGUCCAUCUCACAGUAGACUGAAAUGGCCAUCUCACUGUAGACUAACAUGGCCAUCAGACAGUACUAUAAUAUGGUAAAAAAAUCUAUGUUUAUAUUUUUUCAGACCAUUCUACUAUGAUAUAGAGGAAGAAAGAGCAUUUCGCAUGAAGAAAUGUCUACAGUUUAACACUGAGAUCAGCUUUGCUUUUCUUGAGAUGAUGGUCAACUUAUUUCGGUAAUAAAGGAGUAUGUUUCAAUGUGUUCUUUAUGUUUCAUUGAGUGUCCUUUAUGUUUCAAUGUGUUCUUUAAGUUUCAUUGAUUGUUCUUUAUGUUUCAUUGUGUGUUCUUUAUGUUUCAUUGUGUGUUAGAAUACUUUGAUACCUGUUCAUGUACCCUGGCCUGCAGUUGUUCUUCGAAGUCCAGUAAUUUGUUAUUUAUUAACCAUACAAUUAACAUGCAUUUGCACAAGUUCAAAAAUCAAAUUUUUACAAAAUUGAGGGUACUAUGUUAGUAAAGCACUACACUGAAAUAACUUGUCUUGCUUUUACAUCUAAAUAAAAUCGUUGAAAUAAAUAGAGGAAGCAUUGGUUUAUGCUAAAUGUAUAACUGCGUGGUCUCUAACUACUGUUACAUUUAUGUGAUAUUUAAUGUUAAGAACUCUACUAAGUUGUUUCAACUGCAUGACCAGCCGUCGUUUUUUCAAUGUGUUAUAUCAUCUGUACUACUAUCUGUGUUUGUGGUUUUUUCAUUGUGCUGUUGGAUGAUGUUGAGAACUUAUUGUUGUUACCUUAGUUAUAAUAAUUAUACAAGAAGAACUGAACUUUUAACUUACUCAAAGUUUAUGCAUCUUCUUAAUUUUAAUUCAUUUGAAACAUUUAUUUUUAUUUUUGUUAACUUUCUAGUUUCACUUUCAUGUCAUCGCAUCAAGGGGUUCUUAAGCAUAUUAUUACUCUGUGCCCUUCAGUGAUUCAAAUAAGCAUGUCAAAUCAAUACUAUUUUAAAGUUGCAUUUUUCCGUCCUGUCUCAAGUCAAAAAUCCUCCUGCCCAUCCCACCCAACACCCCAAAAAAGAAAGUAGUUUGAAUUAUUUUAAGAACCUCUUGAGCUAAACUAAGCAUGUCAUGGGCACAGGGUCUGUGUGGUGAAACAAACAAAGGAGGCCAGCAGCACCUAGUGCUCAAGAUAUUGUUAGUGUAGUCAUAAAGUUAAAACAAUCAAAUGAGGCUAUGAGAGCUGUUUUCCUCACAUAAAAAUACGUAUCUUCAGCAGCUCUACUCAUGAGGUCAACAUCGUAUGGAAAUAAUGACAAAAUUACCGGUAUACAUUAUAGUUCUUUAAAAAUUCACUAUAAACUGCUUAAUUGCUUUCUUGAGAUUGUAUCCAAAAUGCCUUGUAAUAGCUUCAUUGUUUUUCAUUGACACUGGCAGCUGAUUUUGAUUCAUGUGCUUCAAAGAUAAAGCAUAAAAUCCAUUGUUUUAAAUUGAAUAAUAUUAUAUUGUUAGCCAUCACUACUUCAGCCAAGUCAGCCUGACUGGGUCUGAUGUGUUAGCCAUCACUACUUCAGCCAAGUCAGCCUGACUGGGUCUGAUGUGUUAGCCAUCACUACUUUAGCCAAGUCAGCCUGACUGGGUCUGAUGUGUUAGCCAUCACUACUUUAGCCAAGUCAGCCUGACUGGGUCUGAUGUGUUAGCCAUCACUACUUUAGCCAAGUCAGCCUGACUGGGUCUGAUGUGUUAGCCAUCACUACUUUAGCCAAGUCAGCCUGACUGGGUCUGAUGUGUUAGCCAUCACUACUUUAGCCAAGUCAGCCUGACUGGGUCUGAUGUGUUAGCCAUCACUACUUUAGCCAAGUCAGCCUGACUGGGUCUGAUGUGUUAGCCAUCACUACUUUAGCCAAGUCAGCCUGACUGGGUCUGAUGUGUUAGCCAUCACUACUUUAGCCAAGUCAGCCUGACUGGGUCUGAUGUGUUAGCCAUCACUACUUCAGACAAGUCAGUCUGACUUGGUAUGAUAUGUUAGCCAUUACUACUACAUCAUCAGUACAUUACUACUACAUCAUCAGUAGGCCUACAUUACUACUACAUCACCACUACAUUACACUAAAUCACCACCACAUAACCUUGCUAAUAAGGAUAUGUUAGCUAUCAUCACCACUACAUUACACUACACCAUCAGUACAUUACCACUAUAUCAUUACUAAAUCACCACCACAUCACCACAUCAACACCACAACAGCACCACUAUAUCACCAAUACAUCACCACUACAUCACCACUACAUCACCAAUACAUCACCACUACAUCACCAAUACAUCACCACUACAUCACCACUACAUCACCUUGCUUGCUCUGAUAUUCUUAGGUUUAGGUUUGCAUGCUUUCUUUGUUCUUGAUGUUGUUUUGACCUUGACCUGCUUUGUUUUUGUGCUAUUUGCAACAAAGGGGAACUCUGUCAUUCAUGAGAAUUGAACUGAGACGCUUCAACAGACAGCAGUUCAUUGAGAGUGUGUCUGAGUGGGAUAGGCCAUUCUAUGAAAGGGUAAUUACAUUGAGAGUGUCUCUGAGUGGGGUAGGCCAUUCUAUAAAAGGGUAAUUACAUUGAGAGUGGCUCUGAGUGGGAUAGGCCAUUCUAUGAAAGGGUAAUUACAUUGAGAGUGUCUCUGAGUGGGAUAGGCCAUUCUAUGAAAGGGUAAUUACAUUGAGAGUGUCUCUGAGUGGGAUAGGCCAUUCUAUGAAAGGGUAAUUACAUUGAGAGUGGCUCUGAGUGGGAUAGGCCAUUCUAUGAAAGGGUAAUUACAUUGAGAGUGUCUCUGAGUGGGGUAGGCCAUUCUAUUAAAGGGUAAUUACAUUGAGAGUGUCUGAAUGGGUAGGCCAUAGAUCUUGGAUCAGAUGUGUAAAUUCUAAGCCUUCGGUCUCAGAUCAAUUGUCUAAUGUCUUGGCCAUUAGUCUCAAAGCAAAUGUCCCGGGCAUAAGUCUCAAAGCAAAUGUCUUGGCCAUAAGUCUCAAAGCAAAUGCAGUCUGAUUUCUUUAUGGAUCUUUACUUUUUUUUUAGCUUUGUUGAUAAUGAAAAUAUUAAGACCUAUUAAUAAGAUACUUUACAUGUUAAAUAUCAGAAGUAUUCAAACACUACAAAAGGACAUGGGUAUGAUGGCAUGGGCAGCAAGACAGGACAUGUGUAUGAUGGCAUGGGCACCAAGACAGGACAUGGGUAUGAUGACAUGGUCACCAAGACAGGACAUGGGUAUGAUGACAUGGUCACUAAGACAGGACAUGUGUAUGAUGAUAUGGCACUAAGACAGCACAUGGGUAUGAUGUCAUGGCACGAAGACAGGAAAUGGAUAUGAUGAUGCAGGCACUAAGACAGGACAUGGGUAUGAUGGCACAAGUACAAAGACUAGACAUGGGUAUGAUGGCAUGGCACCAAGACAGGACAUGGGUAUGAUGGCAGGGCACUAAGACAGGAAAUGGGUAUGAUGGCACAGGUACUAAGACAGUACAUGGGUUUGAUGGCAUGGCACUAAGACAGGAAAUGGGUAUGAUGGCACAGGUGCUAAGACAGGACAUGGGUAUGAUUGCACGGGCAUGACCAGCAAGAACAUGGGUAUGAUGGCAUGGUCAUGACACAGCAAGAACAUGGGUAUGUUGGCAUGUUUCAUAAACAGCUAGGAUAUAAUGAUCGCACAGGCAUGACACAGCAUGUUUUUGCAUGUUUAGUGAAGCUCAUGCGAUUCCUUGUAUUUAGUAUGACAUAAUGAAUUUAUCAAAUGUAACAACAUUCCUCCAUUAUUGAAUUUGGUUCUUUUCUUUUUAUUUUUAUUUUUAAAUACCAUAUUUAGAGGUGCAAUAACUUUCAUUAGGCAAGAACAUACACAUUUAUUUUUUAUUCUAAUAAGAACAAAUAGACCUCAUUCAGAAGCCAACAAAUUUGUGGAAUGUUUCAGUCUCGGGCAACAACCUAGGGCAACAACCUAGGGCAGCAACCUAGGGCAGCAACCUAGGGCAACAACCUAGGGCAACAACCUCGGGCAACAACCUAGGGCAACAAACAAGGGCAACCACCACACAUUAGUUUAUCAUUUAUAAAAUAGUCUUCGCGACAUUUUGUUUUUUAAAUAGAAUGUUAGUCUCCCAUUAUUUCUCAAAGUUAUCACGUGACUGUUGAAACUUGUAUGAAUGAAUUCCAAAUGAACUGUCUUAAAAUUAUUCUCCUUAUUUUAUCCUUUAAGAAAGUCAGCAAGUUGCACUUAAAUUGUCUCCUGUAUAUUUGGCUGACAUAUAGAAUGGCAACAUAUAAAUUGUACCCUGUAUAUUUGACUGACAUCAGAUAUAAUGAUAAUGAUAACAAUAUAAAUUGUAUGAUAUAUAUUUUGACAUUAAAAGGACAAUAAUAUAUAAUAUAACCUAUAUAUUAGACUGACCAUGGAAAAAAUGAUAACUUUAAAUAAUGUAUCUUCUAAAUUUGAUUGACAUCAAAAAGAAUGACAAUAUAUAAUGUAACCUAUAUAUAUUUGAUUGACAUAAAAUAAGAAUGACACUAUAUAAUGUAACCUAUAUAUAUUUGACUGACAGAGAGAAUGACAAAAAUAGAGAAUGUAACCUAUAUAUUUGACUGACAUCAAAAAAGAAUGACAAAAAUAUAUAAUAUAACCUAUAUAUUAGACUAACCAUGGAAUAUAAUGUGACCUAUAUAUUUGACUGACCACAUAAAGAAUGACCACAUACAUUGGUGUGUCAUCCUUAUGAUGCUUUGUUGUUUUGUAAGGUGCUGAACACAGACAUGUUUAAACAGUUCCUAGAAGACCGACUCAAUGAAAAGGCAGACUACUGGUCUGAUUAUGAGAUAAGAACCAAGCCUUAUGCCAAACGUGUUACUGGAGUCCAGGAUGGAUCACCAGGGACAACUAACAGGUCAGAUAUGAAGUACAGGUGAUAUAUGAUGUUAAGGUAAGAUAUGAAAUACAGGUAAUAUAAGAUGUUCGUUAAUGUAAAUUGUUGAGGUAUUAUAUGAUGUUAAGGUAAUAUAUAAUGUUAAGGUUAUAUAUGAUGUUAAUGUAAUAUAUGAUGUUAAGGUAAUAUAUGAGUUAUGGUAAUAUGUCAUGUUAAGGUAAGAUAUGAUAUUACAGUAUCAUAUAAUGUUAUGAUAAUAUGGGAUGUUAAGGUAAUUUAUGAUGUUAUGGUAAUAUAUCAUGUAAUGGUAAUAUUUGAUGUUAUGGUAAUAUUUGAUAUUAUGGUAACAUAUGAUGUUAAGGUAAUAUAUGAUGUUAUGGUAAUUACCCAACAUCCUUAAUACUCCACUUGGGUAUCAGUUGAUAUGGGAGAAAGAAUUGAUGAGAUACAGAUGUCCUCAAUACUUUAUUCUAAUGUUUACAAGUGAUUCAUUUGAAAAAUAUAAUGUUUACUUUUAGUUGUGUUCAAAGCUCUAGAUUCUAUAACUGUCAUAACAGCCAAUCAGGGGCUGUUAAACUCCCUUCUGUUGUGUAAUUGGAUAUAAUCGGCCACUAGCAAAAGCAUCAUUAAAAAAUAUGAAUGAUUUAAUGGGAAAUCACUGUAUAAAAAUGAGUUUGCUUCCUAUUCCUGUUGCUAUCUUUGUGGUAACAAGCUUUUAUAAGGACUUGUGUUGUGAUGGAUUGGGUGUGUGUUGUGAUGGAUUGGGUGUGUGUUGUGAUGGAUUGGGUGUGUGUUGUGAUAAAUUGGGUGUGUGUUGUGAUUAAUUGGGUGUGUGACCAAUGUUACAAUUUUCUACACAAGUACCUUAAGCUUGAUAUUUGAUGAAAAAAUAUUGCUUCUAGUAUCUCAGGCACUUAUUUUUAUGAUAGUUUGAACAAUUUAUGGAGUAUUAGGUUGGGUUGAAUAGAGAAGUUUAGUUAUAAAUUUUACUCAUUCUGUAAAGGUCAAAGUCAACUUACAAAAUAUCAAAACACAUUAUUUACAUACCAUAAGAUACCUUGUCUAAUGUACUUUCAGAAAAUGUAUACUUAUAAGAGUCUCUGAAUUCAUUUAGUCUUGUAUUUUGUCAUUUUUGAUCAGCAUAUGACAAUGCAAACAAAAAAAUACAUGAGUUGAAACUGCAGACUACAGAGAAAUGCACUUGUCAGUUCUAGAGGCAAAAUUAUCGCCCUCAACUAAAUCUAUUUUAAAUCUAGUGCUGCCUUAAUUAUUCAAUAAAUAAUCAUUUCAGUGACUGAAUUCACACACUGGGUAACCAUUUCACUGAAGAGACAUAAUGAAGUCUCUUAUGACCAAACAAGUGUCCAUCACAACUUUCUCAUCUCAUCCUUAAAAUUCCAGGCAUAAAAUGAAGUCUCUUAUAUGACCAAACAAGUGUCCAUCACAACUUUCUCAUCUCAUCCUUAAAAUUCCAGGCAUAAAAUGAAGUCCCUUAUGACCAAACAAGUGUCCAUCAUAACUUUCUCAUCUCAUCCUUAAAAUUCCAGGCAUAAAAUGAAGUCCCUUAUGACCAAACAAGUGUCCAUCACAACUUUCUCAUCUCAUCCUUAAAAUUCCAGGCAUAAAAUGAAGUCCCUUAUGACCAAACAAGUGUCCAUCACAACUUUCUCAUCUCAUCCUUAAAAUUCCAGGCAUAAAAUGAAGUCCCUUAUGACCAAACAAGUGUCCAUCACAACUUUCUCAUCUCAUCCUUAAAAUUCCAGGCAUAAAAUGAAGUCUCUUAUGACCAAACAAGUGUCCAUCACAACUUUCUCAUCUCUGGCCCCAAGAAUAUUUGAAGUUUUCCGUUUGCCAACACUGAAUGACUCAAUCUCAUACUCCAGAAACACGAUGACAAUGCUGAACAGGGCAUUAGAGGUAAGAUCAGGGCAUUAUUGGUGAGAUCAUGGCUUUAUUGGUGAGAUCAUAGCAUUAGAAGUCAGUUCUUGGCAUUAGUGGUGAGAUCAUAGCUUUAUUGAUGAGAUCAUGGCAUUAGAGAGGUGAGAUCAUAGCUUUAUUGAUGAGAUUAUGGCAUUAGAGAGGUGAGAUCAGGUCAUUAUUGGAGAGAUCAUGGCAUUAGAGUUAAGAUCAUGGCAUUAGAGGUGAGAUCAUGGCAUAAUAGGUGAGAUCAUGGCAUUAUAGAGGUGAGAUCAGGGCAUUAUAGGUGAGAUCAGGGCAUUAGAGGUGAGAUCAUGGCAUAAGAGGUGAGAUUAUGGCAUUAGAGAGGUGAGAUCAGGGCAUUAUUUGUGACAUGACAUUAGAGAGGCGAGAUCAGGGCACUAUUGGUGAGAUCAUGGCACUAGAGAGGUGAGAUCAGGGCACUAUUGGUGAGAUCAUGGCAUUAGAGAGGUGAGAUCAGGGCGCUAUUGGUGAGAUCAUGGCAUUAGAGAGGUGAGAUCAUAGCUUUAUUGAUGAGAUCAUGGCAUUAGAGAGGUGAGAUCAUAGCUUUAUUGAUGAGAUCAUGGCAUUAGAGAGGUGGGAUCAGGGUAUUAGAGGGGAGGACAUAGCAUUAGAGUUUCAAACUUUCAUGAGAAUUUUAUCACUUAGGGGUCGUUUGCAAAUUAUGUCAUGCAAAAAAAUGACCCCUCCCCCUGUCACAAAGUAUCACACACUUUUUACCCCUCCCCCAGCCCCCUUAGUGUCACAUCACACCAAAAAAAAAUCAAAACAUACAUCAAAUUUUCAUAACUAAACUAAAAUUUUAAUUUAUUCUUUAACAAUUCCCAUAAUGUAUUAGGGUGUUGUAGUAUUAUUAUAAACUGUGACGUAAAACAACCAAGUCCUUAUCACACUGAUUGUCAAAUGGGAACGACAGUUUUUGCACCAUUUUUCAUUAUGCGCAGAAGGUGUGCGGGACUGAGGUUCACUUGACCUUUAAUACCUGAGGUAAUUUAGACCUCAAAUUAAUGUUUUCAAUUUAAUUGAAGAUUUUUCAAAGUUAGAAAAAUUAGAUUUAAAAAAAAAGAAUUGUGAUUUUUUUAACCCCCCACCCCCGGUCACAAAGUGUCACAAAUCUUGACACCCAAAAAAAAUAUUUGUGUUUUUUCUCCCCCCCCCCCCCCUCCCCCAAGGGUCAAAAAAUUUUUCCCCCCCCCCCCCCCCCCUCCUCCCGCCUGAGACAUAAUUUGUGAACAACCAUUUAUGUGGGAAUCAUUUUAUUUCACCCCAAGGGGUUGUAGUGCCUAUUUCAAGAACCACUGCUUGAAAUAGUUCUUGAGGAACUAAAACUUUGCAUUUUUAGAAAUGAUUAAGAUUAGAGAAUAAUCUGCCAUAAUCUGUCCUACUUGCUUUUCUCGCUGUUCCCCAGGAAUGCCAUAAUCUGUCAUACAAGUCUUCCUACCUGUAUUUGAGAGGAAUGUUCCAUGCAGCAGAAGGCAAUAUUGAGGCUGCUCUAGAUGACCUGUUGAGUUUACAUUCUAGCAAUGCAAGACUUCUCCCAACAGAGUGAGUUUUAUUGAUGGGCAUCUCAUUUUUCAUUUUUAAAAUUAAAAAAUUUUUUUGUUUUAAAAACAUAUGUCAGUUGUUCUCAUUGAUAUAAAGCUUGCACCCCUAAAGUGAGUAGGUCUACAUAUAUAUCGCAAUGUGUAGUUUGCUAAGGCUCUAUGCUCAAUGAGUCCUAUGUGUAUUUUGCUAAGGCUCUAUGCUCAAAGAGUCCUAUGUAUCUCCAUCAGCAGGCAACAAACAACCUUUUCUUGAUUUUUUCAGAUAAUUUUAAGACUGAUUUAGUAAGAAAUGGCUUUGUCAGAUAAUUUUAAGACUUAUAAGAAAUGGUUUUGUUUGAUGAUUUAAAGUCUGAUUAGUAAUAAAUGGUUUUGUUUGAUGAUUUAAAGUCUGAUUAGUAAUAAAUGGUUUUGUUUGAUGAUUUAAAGUCUGAUUAGUAAUAAAUGGUUUUGUUUGAUGAUUUAAAGUCUGAUUAGUAAUAAAUGGUUUUGUUUGAUGAUUUAAAGUCUGAUUAGUAAGAAAUUGUUUUGUUUGAUGAUUUAAAGUCUGAUUAGUAAGAAAUUGUUUUGUUUGAUGAUUUAAAGUCUGAUUAGUAAGAAAUUGUUUUGUUUGAUGAUUUAAAGUCUGAUUAGUAAGAAAUUGUUUUGUUUGAUGAUUUAAAAUCUGAUUAUAAGAAAUGUUUUUGUCAGAUAAUUUAAAGACUGAUUAGUAAGAAAUUUCUUCCUUCUUACAGUCUUGUUCGUAAACUGAUGCAGUUGAUUCCAGAAGUGGAACGAGACAACAUGUUGAAAAAGAAAGGUGUUCAACACCUCACUGUCCUGGCUCAGGAUCUGGACCAUGAGAAACCUGGCCAGAGGCGACCCCUGGUGGACAAAAUUCCAAUACCAGAUUCAGAUCUUAGUAUGUGUUCAAUACCAGAUGCAGAUCAAUAUCUUAGUUCAAUAUGAGAUUCAGAGCUAAAUAUGUGUUCAAUAUCAGAUUUAGAUCUAAGUACAGAUUUAGAUCUGUAGCAUGUGUUUAUUACCAGAUUCUGAUCGAAGUAUGUGUUUUUUAUCAGAUUCAGAUCUAAGUAUGUUUUUAAUACCAGAUGCAGAUCUAAGUAUGUGUUGAAUAACAUAUUCUUAUCUAAGUAUGUGUUUAAUACCAGAUUUCUGAUCUAAUUAUGUGUUAAAUACCAGAUUCUAAUCUAAGUAUGUGUUUAUUACCAGAUUCUGAUCUAAAUAUGUCUUCAAUACGAAGUAGUGAUAAACUGUUACGUUCAUGAACUAUAAGGCAGAUUCUAGCAUCUAGUGAUACACUGUUACGUUCAUGAACUAUAAGGCGAAUUCUAGCAUCUAGUGAUACACUGUUAUGUUCUUGAACUAUAAGGCGAAUUCUAGCAUCUAGUGAUACACUGUUAUGUUCAUGAACUAUAAGGCAGAUUCUAGCAUCUAGUGAUACACUGUUACGUUCAUGAACUAUAAGGCAGAUUCUAGCAUGUAGUGAUACACUGUUACGUUCUUGAACUAUAAGGCGAAUUCUAACAUCUAGUGAUACACUGUUAUGUUCAUGAACUAUAAGGCAGAUUCUAGCAUCUAGUGAUACACUGUUAUGUUCAUGAACUAUAAGGCAGAUUCUAGCAUCUAGUGAUACACUGUUAUGUUCAUGAACUAUAAGGCAGAUUCUAGCAUCUAGUGAUACACUGUUACAUUCAUGAACUAUAAGGCAGAUUCUAGCAUCUAGUGAUACACUGUUAUGUUCAUGAACUAUAAGGCAGAUUCUAGCAUCUAGUGAUACACUGUUACAUUCAUGAACUAUAAGGCAGAUUCUAGCAUCUAGUGAUACACUGUUAUGUUCAUGAACUAUAAGGCAGAUUCUAGCAUCUAGUGAUACACUGUUACAUUCAUGAACUAUAAGGCAGAUUCUAGCAUCUAGUGAUACACUGUUACGUUCAUGAACUAUAAGGCAUAUUCUAGCAUCUAGUGAUACACUGUUACGUUCAUGAACUAUAAGGCAGAUUCUAGCAUCUAGUGAUACACUGUUACAUUCAUGAACUAUAAGGCAGAUUCUAGCAUCUAGUGAUACACUGUUACGUUCAUGAACUAUAAGGCAGAUUCUAGCAUCUAGUGAUACACUGUUACGUUCAUGAACUAUAAGGCAGAUUCUAGCAUCUAGUGAUACACUGUUACGUUCAUGAACUAUGAGGCGAAUUCUAGCAUCUAGUGAUACACUGUUACGUUCAUGAACUAUAAGGCAGAUUCUAGCAUCUAGUGAUACACUGUUAUGUUCAUGAACUAUAAGGCAGAUUCUAGCAUCUAGUGAUACACUGUUACGUUCAUGAACUAUAGGGCAGAGUCUAGCAUCUAGUGAUACACUGUUACGUUCAUGAACUAUAAGGUAGAUUCUAGCAUCUAGUGAUACACUGUUACGUUCAUGAACUAUAAGGCAGAUUCUAGCAUCUAGUGAUACACUGUAAUGUUCAUGAACUACAAGGUAGAGCCUAGCAUCUUGUGAUAAACUUGCUGAUAUUGAUGAACUUUUUCUCUUCUCAGGUCUGGAAGAUUUUGUAGAAACAGUUUCUUUACUGGAGAUGGCUACAGACUAUGACACUAUACAGAGACUCUUCCUUACUUUGGCACAGCCACACACACUGACACGUAUGUAUGACACUAUACAGAGACUCUUCCUGACAUUGGCACAGCCACACACACUGACACUUAUGUAUGACACUUGGCACAGCCACACACACUGACACAUAUAUAUGAUGCUUGGCACAGCCACACACACGGACACAUAUGAAUGACACUAUACAGAGACUCUUCCUGACGUUGGCACAGCCACACACAAUGACGCUUAUGUAUGACACUUGGCACAGCCACACACACUAACACACAAUAUAUGACAGUUGGCAAAGACACACCCGCUGACACAUGUAUGACAAUUGGCACAGACACACACACUGACGCUUAUGACACUUGGCACAGCCACACACACUAACACACAUGUAUGACAAUCGGCACAGCCACACACACUAAUGCAUAUGUAUGACAGUUAGCUUAGCCACAUAUACUGACAUGUGUGUAUGGUACAUUUGCACACCCACACAUGCUGACACAUAUGUAUGGUACAAAGAACAUACCUGACAUCAACAAAUAUACAGUAUUUAAUACAGUGUUGCACCAAUGCAUUUUAAUAGACCUGUAAUUAUGUUUGUCAUUUCUAACCAACAGAUGUUGAAAAGUAUACCUUUGAUUAUGUUUGUCAUGUCUAACCGACAGAUGUUGAAAAGUAUACCUUUGAGGUUCUUAAGCUGUGUUAUGAAGAGAACCAGGUGCAGUGUGAGGCCUUGACCUUGCCCGAUGAAUGUCUACAGACCAAUGAAAUAGUGCUAAGAGUUUCCAACCUUAUUAAGACAGACUUUGGUAUGGGAAGGAUUGUAUUGACAGACAAACGGUGAGUGGUAAGGCUUGCGAAUGGGAAGGAUUGUAUUGACAGACAAAUGUUGAGUGGUAAGACUUGGGUAAGACUUGGGUAUGGGAAGGAUGGUAUUGGCAGACAAACGGUGAGUGGUAAGACUUUGAUAUGGAAGGAUUUUAUUGACAGACAAACGGUGAAUGGUAAGACUUUGAUAUGGGAAGUAGAGACCGACCGAAAGUGAUUUUCUGUUUUCGGCCGAAACCGAAAAAGGCCGAAAGUUAAAAAUGAAUUUCGUCCGAAGCCGAAACCGAAAAUGAAAUAUUAAGAUAUUUUGAAAUUCUUUCCCGCAUACAUUCUGCAUACAUCGAAAAUGAUGUGGGAAAGUAUAAAUAUUUACAUUCUUUUUAUAAAAAAUUAGAUAAUUGUGAAUAUUAAUAAAUAAACAUCUAAUUUAGGGGUCUUAAACUCGCGGCACGCGAGCCAUUUGUGACCCGCAAGACGAUAUUUUGUGGCCCGCUACAUGACAGAAAAGUUUAGUGUAAAUGCGCCGGCCUGUUUCCCCCAUUCUCAUAUCUAUCACGUGACUCUCCGCGACGGUUUGAGUCGAAUCUCACCGACUAGUCUAAUUGUGAUUUUUUUUUAAAAAUGUUUCUAUAUAUUUUUUUAUGCCAGGUCUCUGGCAACAGUGAGUAGUUCUUGAGAACCCUUAAUGAUUUUAUUGUUAUUUAUAAAGGUUGAGCAGAUUGUAACAGUUGUAAUCGCUUUUUGUGGAUUACUUGAUGCAGCCCACUCUCAUUCAGACACUACCUCCUGCGCCCCCCCCUGAUGAUUUGAGUUUGAGACCCUUGAUCUAAUGAAUACUUUGGAUUUUACCAUUUUAAUAUAAAAGUAAUUUAAAUUGCUUUACAAUUUUUUUUUUAAAUUAGUAUGGUAGGAGACAAUUUGACAAAAAUGGGGGGGUGGGGGAAUUAAUGCAAAAUAUAAUUUUUUUAAACAGGGUCUCUAGAAAAUGUGGUUCAUAAAGAUCGCUUAGUUUGUUGUUAAAAAUCGUUUGGUUUGUUGUUAAAGAUCGUUUAGUUUGUUGUUAAAGAUCGUUUAGUUUGUUGUUAAAGAUUGUUAAGUUUGUUUUUAAAGAUCGCUUAGUUUGUUGUUAAAGAUCGUUUAGUUUGUUGUUAAAUAUCACUUAGUUUGUUGUUAAAGAUCCUUUAGUUUGUUGUAAAAGAUCGUUUAGUUUAUUGCUCAAGAUCGCUUAUUUUGUUCUUAAAGAUAAUUAAUUUUGUUCCUUAAGAUCAAUUAGUUUGUUCUUAAAGAUCUUUUAGUUUGUUCCUAAAGAACAUUUAGUUUUCUGUCAAAGAUCGCUUAGUUUAUUUUAAUAAAUCAUUUAGUUACUAUUAAAGAUCAUUUGUUUUGUACUUAAAGAUCAUUUAGUUCGGUCUUAAAAAUCGUUUAGUUUGUUCUUAAAGAUCGCUUAGUUUGUUUUAAAGAUCGCUUAAUUUGUUCUUAAAUGUCGCUUAGUUUGUUGUUAAAUAUCGCUUUUGCUGAGUAUUAAAUGACCGAAAACCUGAGUCACUUUCGGCCGGAUGGCCGAAAUUCUAAGUCAAUUUCGGCCGAAACCGAAGAAACACCGAAAGUUAACUUUUCAGUUUCGGCCGAAACCGAAACUUGCCGAAAGUGAUAAAAUGACCACUUUUGGCGCCUAAACCAAAGCCGAAGCCGAAAUUCGGUCAGUCUCUAAUGGGAAGGAUUGUAUUGACAGACAAAUGAUGAGUGGUAAGACUUUGGUAUGGGAAGGAUUGUAUUAACAGACAAACAGUAAGUUGUAAACUUACAAUUUCUUUGUUACACAUUGGAUAAGGGAUAGAGAGGGAUAGAUGGGUGUGCAGUUAUUGAUCAAUAUCUCGAUUUAUUUCUUUUGCCCCUUUAAGUCAAGAAAAGAUUUGUUUAGAAAUUUAAAUGAAAUAGCUAAACGAGGUUUUAAACACAAACUUCCGGCAACAGCAAUGGAUAUUUCUUGAAUUGUUUACUGUGCUCUGUUCCAAGUGAUAUUUUCAUGUGUCCUGUGUGCUGAGGAAGGCUCUAUGCGGAAACAUUCUAAUCUAAUUGUUCUGUCCUUACAUGCAAGCUUCCACAAACCUCGUUUUGCUAUUUCAUUUACUUAGCUUGAAUGCAGUCCUUUAAUUAUUAUAUUUUAGAAAUGUAGAAGAUUUUUUAAAGUAGUAUAAUUAAAGUAGUAGAAAUAUAAAGAGUAAAAUAAAGUAGUACAUUUUUUUGGAUGAAUUUAUAAAUAUUAGUCUUUCUUUUGUUAGGCUUUUCUUCAUCAAAGAUGUCAGCAACAGAUACCGGGAAAUAGUCAAGUUAAGGAAUAUUAGCAAGUUGGAAAAGCUGCAGAUUCAUUCUUUCUUAAUGGCUGUAGAUGUCUUGGUUAUCACAGAUACUGGUGAGAAAAUCUGCAUGUUCUAUGUCUUGGUUAUCACAGAUACUGGUGAGAAAACCUUAAUGUUCUAUCAUCAGCCUCGGCUUGAGCCAAGCAAUAUGUAUUAAUAAGGUAUAUUUUUAUGAUACAUUAAUAUGAUGUAUUAAUAAGUUAUAUUUUUCUGAUACACUCUUCACUUCAUAGCUAUGAUGAUAGUUAUACACAAGGAGUGUCACAAUUCCAACAAGGCUGAGAGACCAGGAAACAAGUUGUUGGAGAGUGUCAGAUAACUAAGAUGUUGGAGAGUACGAGAGAACUAAGAUGUUGGAGAGUGCCAGAAAACUAAGAUGUUGGAGAGUGCCAGAAAACUAAGAUGUUGGAGAGUGCCAGAAAACUAAGAUGUUGGAGAGUGCCAGGAAACUAAGAUGUUGGAGAGUACCAGAAAACUAAGAUGUUAGAGAGUGCCAGAAAACUAAGAUGUUGGAGAGUACAAGAGAACUGAGAUGUUGGAGAGUACCAGAAAACUAAGAUGUUUGAGUGCCAGAAAACUAAGAUGUUGGAGAGUACCAGAGAACUAAGAUGUUGAAGAGUUCCAGAAAACUAAGAUGUUGGAGAGUGCCAGAGAACAAGAUAUCAGAAAGGGCCAGAGAAAAAUAUGUUGUGUACAAUUUCCCCAACAUUCUAUAGUAAUUCAAUAGAUAUUUAUCAACAUAGUUUACAUUGCACAAAGUCAACAAACAUUUAAUUUCAGUACACAAAACAAAUUCAUAAAUACAUUUUUAAAAUGACAAGGAUUGGAACCUAUAUAUAUAUAUUAUUCAGGGUAUCGGGCCUUUGUACAGGGCUUGGGCCUCUAUACAGGGAUUUAGGCCUUUGUACAAGACUUGGUCUUUGUACAGGUUUUUUGGUCUUUGUACAGGCUUUUGGUAUUUGUACAGGCUUUGUGCCUGUAUAUAGAUUUUUUUGUACAGUUUGAGUCUUUGUACGGGUAGAGAAUCUGUGUACAGUGUAGUCAGACUUUGUACUGGGUAGAGGAUCUGUGUAUAGUGUAGUCAGACUUUGUACCAGGUAGAGAAUCUGUGUACAGUGUAGUCAAACUUUGUACUGGGUAGAGAAUCUGUGUAUAGUGUAGUCAGACUUUGUACCAGGUAGAGAAUCUGUGUACAGUGUAGUCAGACUUUGUACUGGGUAGAGGAUCUGUGUAUAGUGUAGUCAGACGUUGUACCAGGUAGAGAAUCUGUGUACAGUGUAGUCAAACUUUGUACUGGGUAGAGAAUCUGUGUAUAGUGUGGUCAGACUUUGUACCAGGUAGAGAAUCUGUGUACAGUGUAGUCAGACUUUGUACUGGGUAGAGAAUCUGUGUAUAGUGUAGUCAGACUUUGUACCAGGUAGAGAAUCUGUGUACAGUGUAGUCAGACUUUGUACUGGGUAGAGAAUCUGUGUAUAGUGUAGUCAGACUUUGUACCAGGUAGAGAAUAUGUGUACAGUGUAGACAGACUUUGUACUGGGUAGAGAAUCUGUGUAUAGUGUAGUCAGACUUUGUACCAGGUAGAGAAUCUGUGUACAGUGUAGUCAGACUUUGUACCAGGUAGAGAAUCUGUGUACAGUGUAGUCAGACUUUGUACCAGGUAGAGAAUCUGUGUACAGUGUAGUCAGACUUUGUACCAGGUAGAGAAUCUGUGUACAGUGUAGUCAGACUUUGUACCAGGUAGAGAAUCUGUGUACAGUGUAGUCAGACUUUGUACCAAGUUUUUGAUCUUUUCGCAGGGUUUUAAUGUUUAAUUUCUUGAUGAAUGUAAAGCUUACCUUAAUACUUGAAUUCAGGCAAGAACAUUGACAAAUUAAAAAUUGACAUUAGAGACAUUGUCAUAAUGACAUUUCUCUUCCCAGAUAAAGAGAGAGUAAAAAGAACGAUUGACAAUAUAGACAUUUCUCUUGUCAGAUAAAGAUAUAUUAAAAAAAGCCAUUGACAAUGGAGACAUUUCUCUUGUCAGAUAAAGAUAAAUUAAAAAUAGCCAUUGACAAUGGAGACAUUUCUCUUGUCAGAUAAAGAUAUAUUAAAAAUAGCCAUUGACAAUGGAGACAUUUCUCUUGUCAGAUAAAGAGAUAUUGAAAAUAGCCAUUGACAAUAGAGACAUUGACAUAGAGAUAUUUACAUUAUUUACAAUGCAGCUAUUGACAAUAGAGUCAUUUACAAAGAACCAUUGACAUUAUUGACAAUGGAGCUGUUGACAACAGAGUCAUUUCUCUUCCCAGAUAAUAAAUCAAAGUUUACCGCUUGGCUCAAAGAUGAAAGAAAUUGCUGGGCAAUCAUCAUAGAUGAGAUGAGGGCAGGUAAAAUUGUGGCGGAGGCAACCAAGGAUUACACAGCCAUCAACCAGGCCAUACAGAAUGUCUUGCUGGUGGAUGCCGUCAUACGCAGGUCAGUCUAGCAGGCCCUGGUUACUCAGGCUAUACAGAAUGUCUUGCUGGUGGAUGCCGUCAUACGCAGGUCAGUCUAGCAGGCCCUGGUUACUCAGGCUAUACAGAAUGUCUUAGUGGUCGAUGACAUCAUAAGCAGGUCAGUCUAGCAGGCCAUGGCUACUCAGGCUAUACAGAAUGUCUUAGUGGUGGAUGAAUUCAUAAGCAGGUCAAUCUAGCAGGCCCUGGUUACUCAGGUAAUACAAUAUGUCUUAAUGGUGGAAGCCAUCUUAAGCAGGUCAGUCUAGCAGAACAUGAUUACUCAGGUUAUACAGAAUGUGUUUCAUAGGAAGGUAAGUGUAUGCAAGAAGAUAUGCAUUGAUUAACCAGGCUAUAUACAAUUUUCUGAACCACAAUAUCAUUUGAUGCCAAGUAUUAGAUCAUUUGAUGCCAAGUAUUAAGAUCAUUUUAUGCCAAGUAUUAAGAUCAUUUGAUGCCAAGUAUUAAGAUCAUUUGAUGCCAAGUAUUAAGAUCAUUUGAUGUCAAGUAUUAAGAUCAUUUGAUGCCAGGUAUUAAGAUCAUUUGAUGCCAGGUAUUAAGAUCAUUUGAUGCCAAGUAUUAAGAUCAUUGAUGCCAAGUAUUAAGAUCAUUUGAUGCCAAGUAUUAAGAUCAUUUGAUGCCAAGUAUUAAGAUCAUUUGUUGUUAAGUAUUAAGAUCAUUUUGUAUUACAAACAAUGUGUCUACAUCAGGGAAGGACAACCCAAAUUGCGUUCACUAAUUGAUAAGACUAGUGUUUAUCGAGUUAGAUUAAUGUUGAUUAACUGAUUUAGGUUAAUGUUGAUUAAUUCAUUUAGAGGAAUGAUGAUUGCUAUAGAUCUUAUCUUUGUCCUACACUUAGUGGCCGAGAUGAACGCACCACACACCACGCUCAUGUGGCUCAUGUGGCAGAGACUUUGUGCUACUUUACAAACUACAUGUCUGAAGGUCGACACAAUCUGCCCCCAGACACUGUAGCAGCUCUACAGCAUCGAGUUGACCCCAAUGUUGGCCAGAGAGAACGGAGAACGGUGGAGGUCCUCCUCUAUACCCCUGGGUGUAAGUGAGGGUUGAUUAGUAUUUGUUAGCUUGAUUAUACAAAAAACCAAUUGUAUGUUGUGACGUUGAAACCCACUAGGUCAGAGUUCAAGCUAAUAGAUAAUAAGUUGAUUUGCAAAGCCACUAGGUCAGAGAUCAAGCUAAUUGAUAAUAAGUUGAUUUGCAAAGCCACUAAGUUAGAGUUCAAGCUAAUAGAUAAUAAGUUGAUUUUCACACCCACUAGGUCAGAGUUCAGACUCACAGAACAGCAUACCUCCGAGACUUUGGUGUGGAAUGGGAGAUGGGAAAGUGCGGGUGUUUGAUGCCACCAACUGGGUUCUUGAACGCAGCUUCGUACAGAUCAAAAACACAGUGGUAGGAGAUUGAGUCUAACUUGUCUCUUUCCUGAGCCUCUUUUUGAUCCUUGGUCUCCACAUCAGUGGUAGGAGAUUGAGUCUAACGUCUCUCUUUCCUAAGCCUCUUUUUGAUCCUUGGUCUCCACAUUCUAUCUAUCAUUUCCUUGCCAUCCUAGACUCCCACAUGAUCAUGUCUUGUGUAUCUCUGCAUGUCUAGUUUGUCCAACAAACAUGUCUUGUGUAUCUCUGCAUGUCUAGUUUGUCCAACAAACAUGUCUUGUGUAUCUCUGCAUGUCUAGUUUGUCCAACAAACAUGUCUUGUGUAUCUCUGCAUGUCUAGUUUGUCCAACAAACAUGGCUUUACUUGUAUUUCUCUCCAACAAUCAUGGCUUUACUUGUAUUUCUCCAUGUCUAAUUUGUCGAACAAUCAUGGCUUUACUUGUAUCUCUCCAUGUCUAGUCUGUCCUACAAUCAUGGCUUUACUUGUAUUUCUCUGAAUGUCUAGUCUGUUUAACAAUCAUGGCUUUUCUUGUAUUUCUCCAUGUCUAGUCUGUCUAACAAUCAUGGCUUUUCUUGUAUUUCUCCAUGUCUAGUCUGUCUAACAAUCAUGGCUUUUCUUGUAUUUCUCCAUGUCUAGUCUGUCCAACAAUCAUGGCUUUACUUGUAUCUCUCCAUGUCUAGUCUGUCCACCAAUCAUGGCCUUACUUGUAUCUCUCCAUGUCUAGUCUGUCCACCAAUCAUGGCUUUACUUGUAUCUCUCCAUGUCUAGUCUGCCCUGUUGGCUGUAGGGGAGGCCACUGUUUGGGCAGGUUCCCACGGCAUCUACAUCAUUGACACAGAAACCAUCAGUUGUAACAAGACCCUCACAGAACAUACAGAGUUUGUUACAGACAUAGCAUUAUCUAAGGAUGGGAGGUAAUUUAUUUUUAUCACGAAUGGGAGGCAAUAUCUCUUCACCAUAAUAGAAGGUAAAAUAAUUUUCAUGCCAAUGAGACUUAAUAUUUUAUUUCUUACUGUUUUAGAGGUAAUGUUUCACUGCUAAAAGGUAAUGACUCAAGAGGUUAUUUUAAUAAGAGAUGAUGGUUAACCCAUGAACUGUGUCAUAGAUCAUUCUGUAGUGUGGCAGCUUUCUCAGAGCUUUUUGUCUGCUCUUAGAAAUAGCAUUAACUCUUUCGCUGGGGAAUUUUUUAAUCCAAAAAAUGUUCAUUUUUUUCAAAUAGCAAAAAAGAGUGAGAGGGGGGGUUUAUUAAAAAAUAAAUAAAAUAUUUUAUUUUGGUUUAUUAGACUAAACUUAGGAUCAAAUGAAAGAUAAUUGAAUGAACCAUAUGUUUGUAAGCUUAUUUCUUCAGUUUAAUAAAAAUAUGUAAUAGAAAAGAACCAUAAAAUGUUUCACAUUUUAUGCUAAACCAUUUUUACCUCAAACCCUGUGAUGUACGCAUAUCUAUUUAUUUCACUUCCAUAACUCAAAUCCUCUAACCCUAACCACUAUGAGAAUCAUGGGAUGGAUCUAAAUAUCAAUCACCUUUACUAUCAAAAGAAAUAGUAUACAAAAAUUCCAAAGCUUUUUGAGCUGUUAAUCGUCUAGGAAAUCUACUCACCUACUAGGGCCUCGGGUAGCCAUAGCAGCAAUAGGAAAAAAAGCGAAGAAAAUGGUUAAAAUAAUGCUUCAAAUUUCAACAAAUAAACCUUGGUUUCGCUUAAAAAUAAUAUACUACCAUUCUUCUAUGUAAAAGUCUUAUUUAAAAAUAGCUCUUAAAAAGUUUAAUCCAGAAAUAGCAAAGAAACAAACAUGAUAUUGAAACAACCCACAGUGCGUUGGUCCAUGCUUUUUAGAACGGCACACUGUGCAUCGUUCCACAGCAAAAGAGUUAAAUGACAUAGAAAUAUUGAUAAAAGACCCCACUAAGUAUAUAUAUAUUUUUAGAAAGGUAAAUGCAUGGGGAUAAAAUUAGUUAUAUUGCCCACCCGUAAAAAAAAAAAUGUUUUCAGUGUCCUUGACCUUGGAGUGCUCGAGAAAAAAAAAUUGACGAAAUAUCUUGCUUUCAAGUGCUUAUAACAUCAUUAAUUUUUAUAGAUUCCAUUAAAAUCCUAUACAAAUGUGGUAGCCAAUUCAUUUUAUCUUUCAGAAAAUGUAUAGAUUGCUAAGGAUUUGAUUACAAUUAAGCCUCUGAAAGCAAUUUUUAGUGAUUUUAGUAUUUUAGGUCAUUUAUUACUAGAAAAAAAAAUUAACUGGCACCACAGCUAAAACCAAGUACAACAUACAAAUUCUCAGGCAAAAAAGUUAUUAUUGACAAGUAAACAUUUAAAAAGGAACUGUGGAACUGAUUUGGGUUGUUUAACUAUAAAAUUAAUUAUUUCAGAUCUAUAAUCUAUUCUCCUGUGACUAAAAUUCAGUCAAUCCUUGCCCAACUUCCGCGCCUGGCUUGAAGUCUAACAGUUGGCCUACUUCAGCAUCACUAAGACUAGUAUCAGAUUCACUAGAAGAAGAAUCCGAACUGAGAUCGUCAUGGGGCAUAUUAAAAUCAACAUCAGUAUCACUUAAAUCCUCUCUUUAAAAAAUAUUUCUAUCAGUUUCUACUGAAGGCCCAGCCAUAGCUUCAGCCAUUUUAGCUUUAUAAAAAACAGCGAUUUCCAUUAAAAAGUACUUAUUGUUAAGUUAUCAACAAACAGUUGGACCAGGAAGAUGAUUUAAUAUGAUUAAUAAAAGGAAGUGGCUAUAAUUCCUGUUAAAUAUUGGAUUGGAAGUUGCUAUCAGAGCGUGUUUUUUAUCGGCCAAUUAUUUCGGCUGCCACAGUACAGAACCAGAAUGUCGGCCAAUUUUUUCGUCCGACUACUGUUGGUGGGUUAAAGUAUCAAUGUACUAUUGUUCCCAAUGUUGUUUGUUAUGUUUUAGACAUAAGAACAGUAUUUGUUAUGUUUCAGACAUGGGAACAGUAUAUUUUUAUGUUUCAGACAUGGGAACAGUAUUUGUUAUGUUUCAGACAUGGUAACAGUAUAUUUUUAUGUUUCAGACAUGGGAACAGUGUUUGUUAUGUUUCAGACAUGGGAACAAUAUUUGUUAAAUUGUUUCAGACAUGGGAACAGUAUAUUUUUAUGUUUCAGACAUGGGAACAGUAUUUGUUAUGUUUCAGACAUGGGAACAGUAUUUGAUAUGUUUCAGACAUGGGAACAGUAUUUGUUAUGUUUCAGACAUGGGAACAGUAUAUUUUUAUGUUUCAGACAUGGGAACAGUGUUUGUUAUGUUUCAGACAUGGGAACAGUAUCCGUUAAUUUGUUUUAGACAUAAGAACAGUAUUUGUUAUGUUUCAGACAUGGUAACAGUAUAUUUUUAUGUUUCAGACAUGGGAACAGUAUUUGUUAUGUUUCAGACAUGGUAACAGUAUUUGAUAUGUUUCAGACAUGGGAACAGUAUUUGUUAUGUUUCAGACAUGGGAACAAUAUUUGUUAAAUUGUUUCAGACAUGCAUACAGUUCCAGUGUAGAUGGCACCAUAAUCAAGUGGGAGGUUCAGACAUUGAGAAGAGUUCGACGUAUUCGUCUGCCAGAUACCAGGAGCCUGCGAUCUAUCAAACUUUAUAACAAUAAGCUGUGGUGCGGUAGGUGCCCUGGAUCUUUUUAAAUUUAUAACAAUAAGCUGUGGUGUGGUAGGUGCCCGAGAUCUAUCAAACUUUGUAACAAUAAGCUGUGGUGUGGUAGGUGCCUGGGAUCUAUCAAACUUUGUAACAAUAAGCUGUGGUGUGGUAAAUUGACAUUUAGUUAGAUUUUUCUUUCUUUAUUAUGUUUUUAGAUAGCAUAUUGUUACGUUAUAGAUAUGGGAACAGUUUGACUUUUGAUAGCAUAUUGUUAGAUUAUAGACAUAGGAACAGUUUGACUUUAGAUAGCAUAUCGUUACGUUAUAGAAAUGGGAACAGUUUGACUUUAGAUAGCAUAUUUAGCCCAAUUUUCAACCCUUGCAAAGUUGGCUGCUAUUUUAAGACUUUGAAAAUUGAAUUAUUCUACUAAGUGUUUACAUUACUCUUCUGAUAGCUACAUUACUCUUCUGAUAGCUACAUUACUCUUCUGAUAGCUACAUUACUCUUCUGAUAGCUACAUUACUCUUUUGAUAGCUACAUUAUCUUCUGAUAGCUACAUUACUCUUCUGAUAGCUACAUUACUCUUCUGAUAGCUACAUUACUCUUCUGAUAGCUACAUUACUCUUCUUAUAGCUACAUUACUCUUCUGAUAGCUACAUUACUCUUCUGAUAGCUACAUUACUCUUCUGAUAGCUACAUUACUCUUCUGAUAGCUACAUUACUCUUCUGAUAGCUACAUUACUCUUCUUAUAGCUACAUUACUCUUCUGAUAGCUACAUUACUCUUCUGGUAGCUACAUUAAUCAUCUGAUAGCUACAUUACUCUUCUGAUAGCUACAUUACUCUUCUCACUUACUUACUUUCUUAUGCCUUUUUACCCGCCUGGGGCAUGCAUAGGCCGUCCACAAGAAUUUUCCACUCAUCACGGUCCUGUGCUUUCCUUUGUAAUUGCUUCCAGGUGUAUACCAUAUUGCGUGUCUGCCUCUAGCUCACGUCUCCACAUAUUCUUAGGCCUUCCCCUCUCUUUUUCCCUGUGGGUUCCAUGUUAGGCAUUGUCUGGUGGUGCUGUCUGGGUUUUUUCGGAGCGUAUGCCCUAUCCACCUCCAUCUUUUCUUUAUGAUAUCUUCAUCAAUGGGCACCUGGUAUGUCCUUUAUUGUAGAUAUUUGUUGGUGAUGAUAUUUAGCUAUUUGAUGUUCAGGAUUUUUCUAAGGCAUGUGUUUAUGAAUGUCUGCACUUUCUGCGUAAUGCUCGCUGUUGUUCUCCAAGUUUCUUCUAACUUUCUUCUUUCUUCUUACAUCACUCUUCUGAUAGCAAAAUAAGGUUGACUUCCAUUACAUCAAUCUUCUGAUAGCAGAAUAAGGUUGACUUCCAUUGUAUUUUAAUUCGCCAAUAGCUGCAUAGGGUAGACUUCCAUUUUACAUUAUUAUUAGUCUGCCAAUAGCUGAAUAAGAUAGACUUCCAUUUUAAAUUAGUCUGCCAUUAGCUGCAUAGGGUAGAUUUCCAUUUCAAAUAAGACUGCCAAUAGCUGAAUAGGGUAGACUUCUUUUUCAAAUUAUUCUGCCAAUAGCUGAAUAAGAUAGACUUCCAUUUUACAUUUGCCAAUUGCUGAAUAUGGUAGACUUCCAUGUUACACUAGUCUUCCAAUAGCUGAAUAGGGUAGACCUCUAUGUUGCAUUAGUUUGCCAAUAGCUAAAUAAGGUAGACUUCCAUGUUACAUUAGUCUGCCAAUAGCUGAGUAGGGAGACUUCCAUGUUAUAUUAGUCUGCCAAUAGCUUAAUAAGGUAGACUUCCAUGUUACAUUAGUCUGCCAAUAGCUGAGUAGGGAGACUUCCAUGUUAUAUUAGUCUGCCAAUAGCUUAAUAAGGUCGACUUCCAUGUUAUGUUAGUCUGCCAAUAGCUUAAUAAGGUAGACUUCCAUGUUAUGUUAGUCUGCCAAUAGCUUAAUAAGGUAGACUUCCAUGUUAUAUUAGUCUGCCAAUAGCUUAAUAAGGUAGACUUCCAUGUUAUAAUAGUCUGCCAAUAGCUUAAUAAGUUAGACUUCCAUGUUAUAUUAGUCUGCCAAUAGCUUAAUAAGGUAGACUUCCAUGUUAUAUUAGUCUGCCAAUAGCUUAAUAAGGUAGACUUCCAUGUUAUAAUAGUCUGCCAAUAGCUUAAUAAGGUACACUUCCAUGUUAUAUUAGUCUGCCAAUAGCUUAAUAAGGUAGACUUCCAUGUUAUAUUAGUCUGCAGAUGGCCAAAUAGGGUUGACUUCCAGAUAAAUCCAAACUCAAACCUACUACUUUCUGGUUAUGAGAAUGAGGAUAGGGUACUACAUUUAUGACAGGCCACCUCCCUGUACUACAUUUAUGACAGGCCACCUCCCUGUACUACAUUUAUGACAGGCCACCUCCCUGUACUACAUUUAUGACAGGCCACCUCCCUGUACUACAUUUAUGACAGGCCACCUCCCUGUACUACAUUUAUGACAGGCCACCUCCCUGCACUACAUUUAUGACAGGCCACCUCCCUGUACUACAUUUACGACAGGCCACCUCCCUGUACUACAUUUAUGACAGGCCACCUCCCUGUACUACAUUUAUGACAGGCCACCUCCCUGCACUACAUUUAUGACAGGCCACCUCCCUGUACUACAUUUAUGACAGGCCACCUCCCUGUACUACAUUUAUGACAGGCCACCUCCCUGUACUACAUUUAUGACAGGCCACCUCCCUGUACUACAUUUAUGACAGGCCACCUCCCUGCACUACAUUUAUGACAGGCCACCUCCCUGUACUACAUUUACGACAGGCCACCUCCCUGUACUACAUUUAUGACAGGCCACCUCCCUGUACUACAUUUAUGACAGGCCACCUCCCUGUACUACAUUUAUGACAGGCCACCUCCCUGUACUACAUUUAUGACAGGCCACCUCCCUGUACUACAUUUAUGACAGGCCACCUCCCUGCACUACAUUUAUGACAGGCCACCUCCCUGUACUACAUUUACGACAGGCCACCUCCCUGUACUACAUUUAUGACAGGCCACCUCCCUGUACUACAUUUAUGACAGGCCACCUCCCUGUACUACAUUUAUGACAGGCCACCUCCCUGUACUACAUUUAUGACAGGCCACACCUCCCUGUACUACAUUUAUGACAGGCCACCUCCCUGCACUACAUUUAUGACAGGCCACCUCCCUGUACUACAUUUAGGACAGGCCACCUCCAUGCACUACAUUUAUGACAGGCUACCUUCCUGUACUGCAUUUAUGACUGGCCACCUCCCACAUAGCAAUAAAGCCAUGAAUACGCUACUCAGGUACUUGGCGCAAUAUUGCUGUACUAGAUGACAACGGUUCCCAGCUGCAGACCUUCACCUACACAGAUACAGACACAGGCAAGCAAGUAGAUCUGGACUGCUUUGAGAUAUUCAAUGAUGAGGUAAGAUUGACUAGAUUAAUUUUAUUGUGGUCUACUGAUAAAAAAUAGCGGUCUACUGGUAAAAUGUGGUGGUCCUCUGUUAUUUCAUUCCAUGUACAACACGAGUAUAUCAAAUGUUUUGUGUAACAACAUAGAUAUCAAAUAUUUUUAAAUCUAUAGUUUGAUAUUACAACAUUGAUAUCAAAUAUGAUUAAAACUGUAGUUUUGUCUUACAACAUAGAUAUCAAAUAUGAUUAAAACUACAGUUUUGUCUUACAACACAGAUAUCAAAUAUGAUUAAAACUAUAGUUUUGUCUUACAAAAUAGAUAUCAAAUAAAGUAAAAUCUAUAGUUUUGUCUUACAAGAUAGAUAUGAACUAUGAUUAAAUCUAUAGUUUGGUCUAACAACAUAAAUAUCAAUGCUUAAAUCAAUUAUUUUGACAUUUGAUCAGAUAUGGGCUGGCUGCCGACGUAUUGGACGUGUCAUUGUAUGGGAUGAAAAAACAACAUUAUUAAAACAUGUCAUCACAACAGAUUGUAGAGGGAUCGGCUGUAUUCUUGAGUUUGGUGACAAGGUGGGUAAAAGCUAGCUCUACUGUUGAUCCAUGGAAUUGGCUGUAUUCUUGAGUUUGGUGACAAGGUGGGUACAAGCUGGCUCUAAUGUUGAUCCAUGGAAUUGGUCAUAUUCUUGAGUUUGGUGACAAGGUGGGUACAAGCUGGCUCUACUGUUGAUCCAUGGAAUUGGUCAUAUUCUUGAGUUUGGUGACAAGGUGGGUACAAGCUGGCUCUAAUGUUGAUCCAUGGAAUUGGUCAUAUUCUUGAGUUUGGUGACAAGGUGGGUACAAGCUGGCUCUACUGUUGAUCCAUGGUAAGGGUCCUGUAAUGUCGUGGUAAGUAGCAUAUAUAUUUUUUGAUCAUCUUGAGUGAAAUGAGACUAAGAAUGAGAGUGGAUGAGAACAUAAAUAAAAUAAAGUGAACGAUUAUAAACUAAGGAGAGCGUAAUUGUAAUCGUCAUUCUUGUAUUUGAAAGGAACCAUCAAUGAAUAUUGUUUUUGUUCGUUUACUGUGCCAAUAAAAAGUGUUGUACAGGAAUUCAUAUUUUCAUUGAGAGAGGUGAGGAGCGCACAUGUGAGCCGUGUGUGAUGGAUGGAGUCCCUAAUAGUCUUAUUGAAAUAGGAAUAAGAGAGUGAUCAUAACAGCACCAUGUAUUCACCAAAAUCCACAGGAGUUACAAUUACUAUCAUAAGUUAAUCAGCUGAUAGGAUUUAGACUAAAACUCCAUCAGUUACAGGUCCAAUAUCAUUAUGUUAAUGUCUUAUUGCUCUAUCAAUAUGUCAAAGUGUUAUUGCUCUAUCAUAUCAAUGUGUUAUUGCUCUAUCAUUAUGUUAUUGUUCUAUCAACAUUAUUGCUUUAUCAAUGUGUUAUUGCUCAAUCAAAGUGUUAUUGCUCUAUCAGUGUUAUUGCUCUAUCAAAGUGUUAUUGCUCUAUCAAUGUGUUAUUGUUCUACCAAUGUGUUAUUGCAGGUCUGGGUAGCCACUAAAGAUGGUAAGAUCUAUGUGUAUUAUACUGCCAGCAAACAGUUGUGGAAGACAAUCAAAGCUCAUGAUGAUGCCAUCCGCUCACUGUGUGCCGCUGAAUAUAGAUACAUCAUGUCAGGUAAACAUCACUGUGCCGCUGAAUAUAGAUACAUCAUGUCAGGUAAACAUCACUGUGCCACUGAAUAUAGAUACAUCAUGUCAGGUAAACAUCGCUGUGCCGCUGAAUAUAGAUACAUCAUGUCAGGUAAACGUCACUGUGCCACUGAAUAUAGAUACAUCAUGUCAGGUAAACAUCACUGUGCCACUGAAUAUAGAUACAUCAUGUCAGGUAAACGUCACUGUGCCACUAAAUAUAGAUACAUCAUGUCAGGUAAACGUCACUGUGCCACUAAAUAUAGAUACAUCAUGUCAGGUAAACGUCACUGUGUCACUAAAUAUAGAUACAUCAUGUCAGGUGAACGUCACUGUGUCGCUAAAUAUCAAUACUUCAUGUCAGGUGAACGUCACUGUGUGCUACUAUGAGGGACAUAACUCCUUUGCUAAAAUGUUAGUUAUUUUUCACAAAAGAAUUGAUAUCUUAAACUUAAACUUGCAAAGUCGUUAUUAUUUAAAUUUGAAUGAAAUAUUCAAUCUGAAUCUAUUUUAAUUGAUAAAUAACUUGAUCAUUUUGAUAUUUAAAAUUUAGCAUUUGGUAACUGUAGCCAGCAGGUAGUAUUAUCUACAUAUGGAACAGUAUAGAUUAGUAUAGUCGCUAACAGAUAUAUACCAAUAUUAAUAUUACUCUCUACAUUAACUUUAAAAAAUUCUCUGCAUCCAUCUUUUCCAUCGUGUUAGUUAGUUUUAAUCUAGUCUUGAGCUUAGAAACCAUGCUGAACUUUAGUAACUUUUAAACCAAAGUAAAAACAUAAAGAUUUCUUCUUUAAAAAGAUAGCAACCUUCUCGUGAGAGCAGCAGUGAACUUGAUCACAAGGAAUUUAAUGUAUUGUCUAGUAGUUUAUAGGUGUCCCAAACGAGUGUCAUGUGACACCUGCCUGAUGUGCCACUGCUUGGCUUAGUAAGCAGGGGUUAGUGGGAAUUUAUGAGGCAAUGGCAGGUGCUAAUGGCAGCAGAGGGUUAGAUCAGAUGAAGGUUUUGGUCAAUUGUUAUUCAAGCCAGGGCCACACAAUUAAUAGAUCAAAACAUUAUCUCCUAGCAAUAUAUUGUGAGUGAUCACAACAUAAUUAAUUGAUAGAGAUAUUUACUUGAUUAUAUGGGAUCAAAUGUUUGGUUGUCUUGGUGAUUGUUGUCUGUUUAAACUGUCUGUCUACAGGGGCUGGAUCAAAUGUUUGGUUGUCUUGGUGAUUGUCUGUCUAAACUGUCUGUCUACAGGGGCUGUAUCAAAUGUUUGGUUGUCUUGGUGAUUGUUGUCUGUCUAAACUGGCUGUCUACAGGGGCUGGAUCAAAUGUUUGGUUGUCUUGGUGAUUGUUGUCUGUUUAAACUGUCUGUCUACAGGGGCUGGAUCAAAUGUUUGGUUGUCUUGGUGAUUGUUGUCUGUCUAAACUGUCUGUCUACAGGGGCUGGAUCAAAUGUUUGGUUGUCUUGGUGAUUGUUGUCUGUUUAAACUGUCUGUCUACAGGGGCUGGAUCAAAAGAUGGAAAAGUUGCAAUUUGGAGCCCUAAUGUUGAGCUCCAUGACUCAGAAACAGCAAAGAGAUAAGCAGAGACAGCCGUGAGAGAAGCAGAGACAGCCUAGAGACAUGCAGAGACAGCCAAGAGAUAAGCAGAUAAAGUGAAGACAUUAGCAGAGACAGCCAAGAGACAAGCCAACAUUAGUUGUUAUAUCACUCACCUACCAUUAAUUGUUAAUAUCACUCACCGUACAUUAAUUGUUAUAUCACUCACCAAACAUUAGUUGUAAUAUCACUCACCUACCACUAAUUGUUAUAUCACUGACCCACCAUUAAUUGUAAUAUCACUCACCCAACAUUAAUUGUUAUAUCACACACCAACCAAUAAAUAGUUAUAUCACUCACCUACCAUUAAUUGUUAUAUCACUCAUCCACCAUUUAUUGUAAUAUCACUCACCCAAUAUUAGUUGUUAUAUUACUCACCCAACAUUGAUGUAUCACUCACUCAACAUUAAUUGUUAUAUCACUUAACCAACAUUAAUUGUUACAUUAGUCACCCAACAUCAAUUGUUAUAUCAUUUAAGCUUGUUAUUUUUAUUGAACAGAUCAUUUAUGUGAUAGUGAUAUAUUUGUAGAUAUUCAUAGAUAUUGGUGCGGAUAUUUUAGUAACUCAUUCCUUACGGCAGUGCUACUUCCGUACUUAAUGUAUAUGCCUAAGAAAGGCAAGUAACUCGGUUUUGCAGUUGAUUUCCAUUUGUAAAAUAUUUGCUUAAGCUGCUAAAUAUUAAUUAUUGUUAAUGAAUUAAGGACAGAUGCAUCCAAAAAUGAAUAAGGUUUAAUAACAAAAAUAUUAAAGGUGAGAAAAUAACGAACAAAGACCAAAUUUUUUGGCACCUCCGACGAACACAUGGUACAUAUAGUUGCACCAUACUAAAGCACACACAGAUAGAAAAUGAAACAAGAUAAAAACUUCCGGUUUUUAAAUUGAAAUCACACAGAAUCAGGCCAUCGCAGAAAUUCUCGAGAUAUGUGAGAUUUCAUUGAUAUUUUAAAAUAAAAAUGAGAGAAGUUUGUCACUAUGUGCAGGUCUGAGG